AUCGAUCGCGAUUCGAUUCGAGCCGAAUAAAUUUCGAGCAGAGUUUGUUCGCGCAUUGUUGCGAAUAGAUUUCUCGAUCGAACUGGACUUUUUAUUUAAAAAGAAUUUAAACCCCCGCGGACAAAAUAUGCGACUCUCUCUCUGUCCGCUUCACUUACGCGAGAUUCCUCGCGUAUGUAAAUAAUUCACUUCACCAUGUAGUUGCGUAACGAGGAAUACACUGUUAUGUAGUAUUUAUAAUUUAUCGAGCGGGAAGGAGAUGUGCCGUCAGAAAGAUGCCUUACAAGUCGCUGGCCGUGCACAAUGCCGCUUGUAACGAGAUAUAUUACAGAUUUCAGGACUGCGAGAAUGAGCAUCCGUACCGACGGUUCUUCGGACAGUGCGGGGAUAUUCUGAGAGAGAUGAACAAGUGCAUCAAGGAGCAAAGAGAGAUUCGUAGGAAAGAAAGCUCGCAAUACAGGCAGAAGAAACUGCACGGGACGGAGGAUAGUAGCGAUUAACCUCCACCCCCCGUGCGAAGCAAUGUACAAGCAAUUAGUUUAAUCACCAAUAGAAUUAAUUUAAAUAACAACGGAGGAAGUGUUGCUGUCUGGCGAAAAUCAAUUUGUGAUAACCUCAGCUGACAUGAAUUUGGAAUCGGAGAUGAACGAGCCAGAGAGCAAACGACUGAAGUCUGAGCACGAUCAUGAGAUGAUCUCGUGCAAGGAGCAAGUCGAUGAGAAUGGCGACGAGAGAGAACCAGACAGCGACAAUGAGGUACCGGCCGAUGACUGCGACGACGAGUCGUUCACGUUUCCUCCCGAUGAGAACGUUUCCGACAUGUUAGACGAGGUGCGGUACAACGGUUACUUCCCGACUAUUACGGACAGAUACUUGAAACCCUAUUACAAGAUUAACGUACAAUUCCCGGGAGACGAUAUAUGCAUACGGGUUCACAGCAAUCGCAUCUGCAUGUUGUCUCUGGCGCCCAGCCACGUUGUUUUGCAGGGCGAAAAAGUGAUAAAAAAUGUUAACUUCAAGGUAAGCGACAAACUGGACAGAUCCCUGAACAAAGUCAAGGGUAAGGGAAAGCACGGCGCGCAGCCGUUGCAAACUAACUCGAAUAUCUGUACCAUAUCCUGCGCGGACGGAAAAACCUAUGUGAUUAAGUGUUGCAUGAUCGGCAAGUUGGUGGAGAUAAACGAGAUGUUGCUGGAAAAUCCGCAACUUCUCCGAGAACCACCGCACAGAGGCGGAUACUUGGCUAUAAUAUUGCCAAAUAUAAAUCUGCUGGACAGUUUGAAGGAAUCACUGUUGACUCACGAGCAGUACACCGAACUUGUUGAGAAAAGGGAAGAGGACAAGCAACGCAUAAAGUUGGAGUCGGUGUAAAAACAAACUUGAACUGUACAGCGAGUACAAAAAUUAUUUUUUCAUAAACCGACUAAUAAAGGAAUAAAAACUGUCCAGAGUUUCGGAAAUGGUCAAUAAACCUGAUUGUAAAUAUGUUA